AUGGCACUGAGUUGGAUGGUGUUCGUUCUUUAUGUAGGGUUUAGUAAAGUGCUACAGAAUACACAGGCCUCGACUGUGUCUCAGAAAUGUACAGAGGAUACCAACACUUUCCUCUUGGAAAUUACCCAGGACCGGCCAAUGGAAUAUGCUGUUCAAAUGUAUGAUGCAUUUGGAAAGAUGGGGAGCAAUGUGAAAGGAGGCAAUGCAAACCAGCCUGGCCUGCUGCAGGAGUGCCAGUCUGCACAUGGACCCACUUUCUCUGCACAAUACUGUGAGGUGUUCCUUAAACAGGGAACAGUCCAGUACUUUGUGGGUAUGUGUGUUCCUGACUCCUGCGGAGAAGAAGAUGUGCAAAUGCUGGUGCUACACGGUCAGCUUCAGUUUGGUCACACGUCCCUCAUUCCUCCUUUACCUCACAUCCUGGUCAAUCAGUCCACUCAAGAGAUGAUCAUGACCCACUGUUUGUCCACGAUUGCGCCUGGUGCAUCCGAUGCCAUCGUUCUGUUUGUGUGUUGUGUAAUGGUAGCCAUCCCUCUUUUGGCUACCCUGCUAACAGCUAUAAUAAAGUGGCAAAGAAAAAGAGAGGUCAGGCCAGCAGCACAGACUUCCUGUUCAAACACAGGCCUCAACCUUUAUGGGACCAUGAAGACCAAUGGCUCCUACAGUAGUGAAAUAAAUGAUGACACAGAGGCAAAUACUAAUAGCAGUACCAACAACACUUCCCAAAGCUUUGUGUACCGGUGCCUUCAGGCGUUCUCCAUACAGAACACUAGUCAGGGAGUUUUGAGCACCUCCUCAUCGCUCCCAGGAGGAGGCUACUCCUCCCUGAACGGCAUCCGUGUUCUCAGCCUGUUAUGGAUCAUAUGUGGACACUCUGCUCAGUUCCCCGUUAUAAACAAUCUGGAUAACUACAAAAACUGGAGGACAACAGUUGAAAGCAACCCUCUGCAUGUGCUUACCAUCAGCGGACCUGUUUUUCUAGCUGUGGACACUUUUUUACUGCUAGGGGGUCUGCUUAGUGCAAGAACUCUGCUGGGCUCUAUAAACAAGGCUGACGACAAUUUGAGUCCGAGUUUGGUGGCUAACUACCUCCUCAGGAGGAUUAAAAGGAUUCAACCUCUGCAUAUGUUUGUUAUGUGUCUAACCAUUGGCCUCAUCUCACUGAUCCAGUGGGGACCCUACUGGUUCCCUUUUAUAGAUACACUGAUGGAUUGUAAGACGUACUGGUGGGCCAACUUAUUGUUGAUAAGCAAUCUUCUCCCAGUCCAUGAAAUAUGUAUUCCUUGGUCAUGGUACCUGUCUCUGGACUUCCAGUGUUAUGCCACCACUCCUCUGCUGGUCUAUUUUUACAGACUAAACAGAGGUGUGUUUAUAGCUGUUGCUGGAAGUCUUCUGCUGAUGACCACUGUGGCAGGAGCUGUUGUAACUGCACUUAUGCUGCUGCCUGUCUUUCAGCCAUCUACACUGACGUCUGAGUAUUACGUCUUAUAUUACUAUGUCAAGCCGUACACAAGGUAUGGGCCAUUUUUAAUAGGGAUCUUGGCAGGAAUAUAUUUGACAACAAAGAAAGACCCGCUGUUAAAACACAAGUGGCAGGCAGCACUUGGUUGGAUCUUCUGUCUGUCAAUCAUGGCUGCAGUGAUUGGAAUCUCUUACAUCCUGAAGGAGACCCCAACCUCUCCAUCCAUACCCCACGAACUCUACCAGGGACUGCAUAGGCCGCUCUGGGCUCUGGCUGUGACCUGGAUCAUACUGGCCUGUGAGGAUGGGUAUGGAGGUUUGAUCAAAACCCUCUUGUCUUUGGGUUUCUGGGUUCCUCUUUCCAACAUUAGUUUUGCCUGCUAUCUGAUACAUCCUGUCUUCAUAAUCCUCUACAUUGGCUUGCAAGAGACCCCAAUCCACUACACAGACAUAAACUUUAUGUACCUGUUCCUUGGACACCUGGUGCUCACGUUGGUGUUGAGCUAUGUGGUUACCUUGCUGGUUGAGAAGCCAUACAUCCUCCUAAAAUGGAGAGGCAAAUAAAGAACACAAAACACUUUAUCCAGCUAACAUCCCU